CAGAGGUUAGACUAUGUCUAUCUGAACGCUGGGAUCAUGCCCAACCCACAGCUGAACCUCAAAGCGCUUUUCUCUGGCCUCUUCUCAAGAAAAGUGAUUCAUAUAUUCUCCACAGCUGAGGGACUGCUGACCCAGGGAGAUAAAGUCACUGCCGACGGGCUGCAGGAGGUGUUUGAAACCAACGUCUUUGGCCACUUCAUCCUGAUUCAGGAGCUGGCCCCUCUCCUCUGUCACGGUGAGCGUCCUUCUCAGCUCAUCUGGACAUCGUCUCGCAAUGCCAGGAGGUCCAACUUCUGCCUCGAGGACAUCCAGCACCGCGGGGGCCAGGAGCCCUACAGCUCUUCCAAAUACGCCCUUGACCUGCUCAGCGUGGCUCUGAACAGGAACUUCAACUCGCAGGGCCUGUAUUCCAGCGUGGUGUGCCCGGGCACGAUGGUCACCAACAUGACAUGUGGCAUCCUCCCUCCCUUUGUGUGGACACUGCUGAUGCCAAUCAUAUGGCUGGUUCGCUUUUUUGCAAAUGCCUUCACUCUGACACCAUACAACGGAACGGAAGCCCUGGUCUGGCUUUUCCACCAAAAGCCCGAGUCUCUCAAUCCCCUGACCAAAUACCUGAGCGCCACCACUGGCUUUGGAAGCAAUUACGUCACGACCCAGAAGAUGGACCUAGAUGAAGACACUGCUGAAAAAUUUUACCAAAACUUACUGGAACUGGAAAAGCACGUUAGGGCCACGAUUCAAAAAAGAGAUCACCAGAGCUGACGGUUACCUUCCCUGAAACACUGCCUGCCUUCCGGGUUUUCGUUGAGUUGGAUGAUGUGCAUUUGUGAGAAACCAUGAACUAGAAUCGGCUCUUUUCCUCCCUCUCAGGAUCCUCUCUGAAACUGUGCAUGUGCGCAUGUGCGCAGACACAUAAGAAGAAGAUGGACACAUAAAAUGUCAGUCAGAUAUUCUCCAGAAUGUUGUCACAGCAAAAUUGUGUGAGGGUCACCCAACCAGGCUUGUGCGCAUUGGUUCUGCCGACACGGCAUGGAAGGAGGUGUGGACCCGGGUAGCUGUGACUCAGGCAGUCGCUGGUCUUCCGGUUGGCCUGCUGGAGCUGGAGGGAGUGCGGCCCACUCUCUGGGCGGUAAUCCGAACUCUCUACCUUUUCUCAUGAACCGUUUUCUUUGGUCUCAUACCUGAUUUCUCCCUCCACGUGCUCCUAAAAAUCCUGACGUUGUUAGAAUCCUAACAGUCCGGAUCCAAAUACCCCUGUAGCUAGUCACAGGGACAAAAAUAUAUAUGCAUUUGGACCACUAGAAUUAUUUCUUCUAUUGAAAGCGUCCUUUGACGUUGAGGUGGCCUGUGUUAAUAUCGGGCCUGACCUUUAACACCAUUUGCACAUUUGUUCAUUACUGACCAACCUGUGUUCAUGAUUAUAUUUUAAGGUAUGUGGACUUGCAGCAAAACAGGAUGUACUCACAUUGUUUCAGACAAAUUUUCCAAUUGAGUAAUUGCGGGGGGGCUGCCUGCUGGCAUCAGCAGCGGUCGGAAGUGGUUAGGACUCAAGCUGCCAUGAUCUAAAGACAAAAUGCUAUAAAGUGCCUAGCUCUUCUUACCCUAAGUGCAGCCAGCACCCGCCCUGGAUUAUAGUAAAGCGAGCAAAAUGUUGAAUGACUUAAUAAAACCUAAAUAUUUGACAGAAACAUCA